CGUAAUUUUGACCUGCAGAAAUACCAGAAUGCCGAUGAAAAAAUGUUUCUAUCGUUUCUUCUAUUCAUUGGUUUCCUCCAAGUCGUCACUCUUUCAGCACAAGAGAUAUCAGUGGUUCGACAUAUUGAUGGUGAUAUUUUUACUGUUAGGGGUUCAUGUUCAAAUGCGUGUUCUGAUCUCAGUAGCUCAACUGCAAGCCCUUACCGACGUCAAACGUUGACAUCAAGCAAUGGUGCCACGGCAUCUUCUUCAACCGUUAAUGCUACCUGUGUCUGUCAAUGCAAAUCGAGUCUUCACUUGUUUCGUGAGGACCUGAAUAUUUGCGUGAACGAUAUUCCCGAAUGCAGCGUCACGGGCUUUGUCAGCAGCUCUGGACUUGUUGAAAAAAUUCCCUACGUUUUUCUUCCUCAACGUGGACAGAUAAUUUAUCCCCAAGCGGAAAUUCAAUUCCAAGGUGUUACAACACCAGUCUGUGGUAUUGCUGGUGCUCAACAACUUGGUAAAUCAGGUUGGUCGGAGUUCAGGAACUUAUCAAGCAUAGAAAUACCCUUUAAACUAUUCAAAGAUCAAGAAAGAACUUUUUUACAGUGGGUUGGAGAGAGUGGACUUAGAGAUGCUGCAGAAGGCAAAGUGGUUAUUGUAAGACUGGUUUGUAGAGAUGCUUCACCAAAUCCAAUAAAUCCUGGAGUUUUUACUCCUUGUGUGGCAUUCAGAGUUGCUGGAUCACCAUCCAAAAGUAAUACACGAGAAGUAACUUUCAUGUCAACAGCACAACCACACCAAGGUCUUUCAACAAUUGAAUAUACCGCCAUAGGCAUCUCAUCAGUUUUGUUAGCUUUAAUAUACAUUGCCAGUGUUUCUCUUUAUCUUCACAGUCGUAAAUCUCGUCGAAAAAUAAUUCGUGAUCCUGAAACUGUAAUAUCAAGUGGACGUGAAAGUAGUGGAAUCAUAAAAAAUAAUCCUCUAUUGAAACAUUUCGAAAGUGCAGAUGCCAAUAGUCUUCGCAGUGAAAGUGACAAUGAAGAAUUAAGUAUACAUGAUGAAGUAAAUGGAUUCAAAAAAAUAACUUCAGCUGUUAUUCAUUCGUGUGUGGGAAUGUUAGAGCAGCCGGAAGGUUCUUUUGGAUCAUCAAUAAUUGCUGAACGUUUACCAGAGGAGGAUGUACGAAUUGUGGAAACUGCAGACAAUCAGCAGGAUAUUUCAGUACUUCCCGGUGUUCAAAGAAGAAAGUUAUACUUUAAUCCAGCUUACUUUGACAGGCAACUUCUUAUGGCACCACCACCAGCAGCCAUUGAGUUUUUGCUCAAAAUUCGCGAAGUCAUUUCCAUUGCAAAGCAUAAAUUAGCAGCAAAACGUUUCAUUCCUACACUGUCAGCUAUUUCUGAAGAAGAAGUUGCAUCUGACAGGUGCAGUUCAUCAAAUAAACGUCCUGGAUCAGUUCAAAGUUCCGUAACAAAAUUAAGAAAAUCUCAAAAAUGUUCUGGUUGCCCUGGAUGUUUGGAAUCAAGAAAAAAUAAUCUCUCAUCAGCACUUCCUGAUAAUUCAAGACCAAUUCCUGGUGAAAGUCGAGUUCGGGCGUGGUUGGAAGACAUCAAACCUCCUGAACGACUCAAUUGGGGUACUGAGGAAAAUCAUAAAAUCAUUCAUGAAAAUUUCAGAAGCUUUGCCAAGAGCUUGGAGUACUUAAAAGACGUUCGAAAAGAUUUAUUAAAAAUUGAUCAAACGAAAUUUGAUCGAAAUUCUCCAACAAGUUGGAAGAAUAAUCCUCCAAUGUUAAAGACAUUACAUUACAUGGCUAAAAGUGAAAUCCUUGGUGAUGAUGAUCGUAACAGUAUCUCUCAAAGAUCUACCAAGUCUAUGUUUGAAGAUACAAAUUAUGAUCGAUUCUGUAGGACUAGAAGAUGUAAUCUUCAAGAUAAAAAUGCUGAUCCAAAUGAUGUGGUAAAUGAAAAAAUAAGAAAAGCUAUUGAAAACUCAUUUAUUAAACAAAUGGAGGAAAAUGCUGCGAUAGAAAACCAAAUGAUAGAAAAGAAAAAUCAGAGUGAAAGAUUUUCACCUGAUGGAAGUUCAGAAAAUAAUCUGGACUCUUUUAAUUCUAUUAAGAAAGGUAUUGAAACGUUAGGAAAGAAAAAGAAGUGUAAAGCACCUGAACCACCUGUUCGAGAACUUCCUGACAUGAUUAAUGAACUUCCGAGCUCUAAACUGCAAGCUAAAAAAAUUAUGGAUGCAGUUAUUAAAGAAAUGGUUGACGUUAAAGCUCUUGACCAUCAUGCAAAACUUGUAGACAUAGAUUAUGAAGUUGAUAGUCUUGAAAGAACAAAUAAACAGAAAUUAAAUGUCAAGAAGAAAAAUCAUCAUAACUCAAACAGUGAUGAUAAAGAUAUCGAAGUUGAAAAAAAUCAUGAAAAUAAUAAUGAAAUUAUGAGAAAAAAUUAUUACAAUAAUCUUCCAGAGUUAAUUUCAUCAAGAUCAGAAGGAUAUUCACUAGUGAGUGAAGUUUACGUUAAUGAUGGUUAUGCUAGCCCUGCCAAUAGUGAUGAUUCAGGUCCUGAAAUUUGUUACGAACCUGAACAACCUGGACAUUUAACAAUCAAAGUCCAAGACUCACCAGAGAAUUAUGUGAAAUGUGAUGAGUCUGAAUAUGAACCAGACACUUUAGAUCGAAAGCCAAUGAAGCUGAAGAUUAAUGGAGAUGUGAUUUACGACAAAGAGCCCGCAAAUGAAAUUUAUGUUGAUUCGUUAGAACGUCCAGCACAUAUCAUGUUACGAAGCAAAAGCAGUUUCCGAGAUGAUCUAUCGAGAAAUGGCAAAUCGUUGAGUCGUGGAUAUGGAAGUUUACGAGAAAUUUAUGAGGCCCGACUUCGAUCCAAUGUUGAAGCAAAUUUAGAAACUGGAUCUCUAAAUGAAAAAUACCAAGACUCACCAAAAAAUACAUUGCAAAUGAAAUCUAAAUAUCUUACACCAGAAUUAAGGCAAGCAAGACGACAGAGAAAAAAGAAUCAACCUGAUGUCGUUCCUUUACCACCGGAGCAAAAUAUUUAUGAACAUCCUAAAUCUCCAAGACCAAUUGAUGAUUCUAGAAUACAUCAAAAAAACGAAUGGGACAGGAGUGCAGCAACUGAUGCAGGCGACCCUACGGCCAGCAGAAGUCCUCCUGUCUCGAAAAAUAAUUUCGUAGGGACUCGGAAAAGACGAGGAAAUGCGAAGACUUUCAAGAAAAUUCAUUCCUAUAGAAGUAAAUAUGAAGACAGUGGAUAUCUCAGUAGCACUGAUGAUAGCACCAAUAAGGACAAUAACAAAUUAAAUAAACAAACUCUUAAGUAUGACUUUGGUAGUGUCUCUGAAACUGACGAAACUGAAUCAAUUUGUGAUGGAGCCAGUGAAAGUGGGGCAGAGAGUAUUGGAACUGAUAGUGUCUUUUUUGGAAAUUUUAGAAAAUUAUCUAAUGCUUCUCAUAGUAAAUCUAUGGACUCUGGAAUAGAUUUUAAGUUAAGAAAUUUCUAUUAUGUAGGUUCUGAAACAGAAGGACAUACUCAUAAUCCUAGUGACAGUGAGAAUGAAAGUUUUAUUACAGUUCUUCCUUAUAAUAAUAAAAGUAGAUCUAAUUUAGGAUCUUGAUAAUUGUAGUAUUUUUUGUAAAAAAAAGUGCCAGUAAUUUAAUUUACUAGUUAAACUUCAAAUUAACAAGUUCAGA